AUGAACAGAUUUAAUGGAGAAAAUGGAAAAAGAAGAUCAUCAAAGAGCUCGAAAAGACAUAAAAAAUCAAAGAGUUCGGAUAGUUUAGCAAAAAACGAAGAAUUAUUAAAAUCUAUUAAUUUAAACGUGGAAUAUGAGAAAACAACACGCCUAAAUCUCACUUUUACACCGACACUAACAGAAGAAGAACAAAAGAAAUACCUAGAAAAGAAUCAAAUAAAAUUACUUGGUGAAAACAUUCCUCCUGUUGCUGUAACAUUCGAAGAAUUGAAUUUACCACAAGAAAUAAUGGAAGUUAUUAAAGAGAAUAAUUGGACAAAUCCAACACCAAUUCAAUCUUUAUCAAUUCCAAUCGGAUUAAAAGGCAAUGAUAUGGUAGGAAUAGCGAAAACAGGAUCAGGAAAGACAGCAUCGUUUUUAAUACCUGCUUUAAUGCAUAUAUCUGCUCAAAGAAAAAUUUCAGAAAAUGAUGGUCCAAUUGUAUUAGUAUUAAGUCCAACAAGAGAGUUGGCAUUACAAACAGAUGAGGUUGCUGCACAGUUUUGCGUCAAAAUGGGCUAUAAACACGUUUGCAUUUACGGAGGAGAAGAUAGACACAGACAAAUCAACAAAUUACGCUUCCAUCCAGAGAUAGUAACAGCUACUCCUGGUAGAUUAAUCGAUUUCUUACAAAGCGGAGUGUUUAAUCCUAACAGAGCGAAUUUUUUAGUUUUGGAUGAAGCAGAUCGCAUGCUUGAUAUGGGAUUUGAGCCACAAAUACGUGCAAUUAUCGCCUCAUUGACAAAAGACCGUGAAACAUUCAUGUUUUCUGCAACUUGGCCGAAAGAAAUUCGACAAUUAGCCUCAGACUUUCUUUCUAACCCAAUACAUAUGCAUGUUGGAGGAGAAGAGUUGGCAACUAAUGAAAGAAUCCAACAAAACGUUCUUCUUUUGCAAGAACACGAAAAAGGAGAAAAAUGUGUUGAAAUAUUAAAAGAAAACCAGUCGAAGAAGAUCAUUAUAUUUGCUAAAACAAAGAGAACUGUUCAACAGCUCUCAGAUUUCUUAAAAUCAAAAUCAAUUCGAUGCUUAUCAAUUCAUGGCGACAAAACUCAACAAGAAAGAGUUGUAGCACUUGAUAAAUUCAAGAAUGCAAGAACAGGAGGUGUUUUGGUCGCUACAGAUGUUGCAGCUCGUGGUUUGGACGUUACAGAUAUUGAUUUAGUUUUAAAUUACGAUUUUCCAGGCGAUAUUGAGGAUUACGUACAUAGAAUUGGCCGUACAGCAAGAGGCGAGAAGACAGGAGUUGCAAUUACAUUCUUUACCGAUGAAAACAGAUUUUUAGCUUCAGAUCUCGUAGAAGUCAUCAAAAAUAGCGCACAAGUACCACCUGAUUGGCUAUCAGCAAUGGCUGUACACGUCACAAAGAGCGAUGGUCAGUCAAUUACUGCAAAAAAGGUUUAUAAUCCAAGAGAUGGAAAUGGAUUUGGUUCUGAAGCAGAUACAACCAUAACAGCAUUCGGACAAAGAUCAGACGGGUAUGGAUCCUUUGGUUUUGGCUACGGAGGACCAAAUUCUUAUCCAUAA